AUGAAGCGCUGCGCUUCAAACUCUAUUAUAGACAGUGAUGCGAGAAACGAUAAAAAGAAGAUGAAAUCCACAGAGGAACCAGAAAUCGGAUUCGCGAAUCUAGACGAGAAUCUAGUGUACGAGGUCUUGAAGCACGUUGACGCGAGGACCUUAGCGGUAUCUGCUUGCGUCAGCAAGAUCUGGCACAAGACGGUACAAGACGAGCGGCUCUGGGAGCUGAUCUGCACGCGCCACUGGGCUAACCUCGGUUGCAGCAGUCUCCAGCUCAGAUCUGUCGUCUUGGCCCUCGGCGGCUUCCGACAACUCCACUCGCUAUACCUCUGGCCUCUCUCGAGCCCUAAUCCACAUGCUAGAUUGGGUAAAGACGAGCUCAAACUCUCCCUCUCUCUCCUCUCGAUUCAAUACUACGGGAAGAUGAGUUUCACUAAGAGAGUUUGA